AUGGCGGAGGGGGGCCCGAGCCAGAAGAGGACUCCCCUCUACCGGAGCGUCUCCUUCCAGCGCUUGGCCAAGUGGACCGGGCCGGCCCAGCCCGACGGAGGAGGAGGAGACUCUCGGGGGGAGCCUUCCCCGCCCAGCGCGGAGCACCCGCCGCCGCUGGAGCCCAUCGGGCGGCGAUCCCCCGGCCGCGCCGCUUCGUUCAGCGUCUCCUCCCGCCCAGCAGCCGCCGCCGAGCCGGCCGGCCGCGCCCUGCGGAGCCUCUCGCCCUCCGUGCGGCAACUUUCCCAGCGCUUCUGCGCGCCCCGCGCCGGCCCCGAAGACCAGCCUCCUGCGAGUCCGGCCCGCCGCCGCGGAAGAGCCACCUGCGCCCGCCCCGCCGCCGCCGCCGCCGCCGCCCAGAAGGAGCUCGGGGGCUCCGAGGGCCGGGCGAGGCGCCGGCGCCGGACUGGCCCAGCGUGA